AUGUCUGCACAAUUUAUCAAUUCAAUUAUUACGGUAUUAAUAAUGUCGUUUGGUUUAUUUGCAAAUAUCAUCGUUUUGGUCACCGUUCGGAAAAUGAGCUCAAUGAGAAGCUCAUUUGGAAUAAUCACAAAGAAUCAAGCAGUGUGCAAUAUUCUUAUGUGUCUUCUUUUUUUAGUUUUUGUUGGACCACUACAAUUAACUGAUUUGAAACUACCGUAUGAAUUGUCUCGAUUUGUUGGCUUAAUUUCAAUGAUAAUAUUUGAAGUAUCCGCUCAAUUGAACUUCAUCAAUUCAUUCAAUCGAGUUUUCUCUGUUUAUGUUAUAUUUCUUUACGAAAAAGUAUUUUCCAAUUUUAACACCUAUAUAAUGAUAUGUAUGGCAUACGCAAUUGCAAUUGUUAUGUGCACUACAUUUUAUGAACUUCUCGAGUGUUAUCUCUAUUUUCAUGCUGAUCUUUGGAUAUUUUCAUAUCCAGAAACAGAACAUUGUAAUCAUCUUACAUGGUAUUGUGAUUUUAUUUUCAAUAUUGUAUUGGUCAAUUUUACUUUAAUACUCAAUCUAAUUGCUGCAUUUAAAUCUCGAAAAUUACAUCGAAAAAUUACAUUUUUGGCUCCAAGUGAAGUAUCAAAUCGCCGGCAAAGAGAACUGAACUUCAUCAGACAAUCAUUUUGUCAGGGACUUUUUAUGAGUAUUUCUUUGAUUUUUUAUCAUUUUACUGCUCCACUCAUCUCGAACAAAAUUUUAUUGUUUCUGAAUGCAAGUUUUUGGGCAUUUAUGUUGGCUUUUGAAGGAGUCAUCAUUUUAAUAUCAAAUCGAGAGAUUUUCACGGCUGUGAAAAAUAGAAAAAGUGGUGAGUUUUAG